UUGACAGGAGUUAAAUACAUUACGCAUACACCUUACAGCCGACACAGCAGGGAUUGAGUGAAUGCAGAAAUGACUUCUGUAUGGUAUUGAAUAUGACAGCGCGAGCGGGAUAUGGGACGUAGGGUGUGUGUGUGGUGUUAAAGGUGACAUUCCCAUGGCCAGAAGCAGCGCGCGCGGGCUGCUCCGCCACAACAACAGCAAACUGGACUCUUUCCUCAAGAGGAACACCAGUCGGGAUGUGUACGAGCGGAUCCGGGUCUACGAGCCGUGUGUGGUGGUCUCGGGCUCGGUCAAGAAGGUUUUUAUGCAUGUGAUCUUGAGCGAUGAGCGCGUGUAUCUGAGCGAGUAUCAGCCGCGCGCGCUGCGAGAGGCGCUCAGCUUCAGACACAUCAAGAGCAUCGAGCUGAUCAAUGAUUUGCCAGAUUUCCUCAGCGGACAGGACCGUGAGCGCUCAAUGCACAUCCGUGUUGUUCAUACCGCAAAGGAUCCUGGGAAAAAGAGCUCAAGACCCAAAGGAUCCGUUCAGAAUAAGCCAUCAUUUCCAUCGCGAGGACGCAACUCGAGUGCCCGUCAUUCUCUGGAGGGCGUGAGUCCCAGCUGGAGAAUCUCUCCCACAUCAAUGAGUGAUGGUGGUCUGGAGGAAGAAGAAGGCAGCGUCAUUCCGAAGAGACGUUCAGCUUCCUGUCUGAACCCGGAUGUUUUGACUCUGGCUGUGUUUAAUACGUCUCCCGCUCACUCCUCCAGCUCCAGUGACCAGCGGCAGAGUCCCAGCGCUUCAGUCCCGACAGCACUGAUGAGGAGAGCAUCAACUGAGGAGCAGGAGCAGGAGCAGGAGGAGGAGAAAGAGGAAGAGUUACACCUUUAUGCUGUGUCUCCAUCAUCACGAAUAUACCUCCACCUGCAGAGCUCCUGGAGCAGCUACAUCAUACGAUCAACUUUGAUGCUGGACCCAGUGUACAGGAAGAGAUGUGGCAUAUCCUCCUCUUCUCCCCAGAAACAGAAAUAUCAGAAAAUCAGCUGGGAACGGACGUGUCACUUGUUCAGUCAGCUGAGCGGAGAGCUGCUGCAGGAGAACAUCAGCCUGGAGAGUCUGUAUUUACUCCUGCAGGAGCUGCACACGGCCACGAACCGCAACCCCACCAUCAAGAAGCUCUUCUGGAGGUCACCGGACCUUUAUCCUUUCCUGGUGAAAUCGCUGUCGGAAAGCUCUCAGGGCGGCCAGGAGGGAGUUCACACAGCCGACAGACUUCUGCUGUGCACUUUGGUGGUUCAGAUAUUAAGCCUGAUGUUCAGGGAAACAGAGAUCGAAGCGGCGAGGCUCAGCAUGCUGACGGCCAAACAGGGAGCUCUUACGGAGAACAUGCUGCUGGCUUUAGUGUGUGAUCCAGAUCUCCAGCUGCCAGACUCCACUGAUGCCUCUAAAUCUUCACUUAAUAAGCUGCAGGCAGACUAUCUGGAUGCGGCAUCUGCGCUGCUGUUUGAGCUGGUUGUGUUCUGUCAGGAGGCUAGUCGCACACCUGCUCUGGGACAUUUCCUCACCAUCGGCUGGGUGUUUCGCUUGCUUAAACCGCAUCCGUUCUUACUCCCGUUCGUGGGCUAUCAGGCCCAGCAGCUGGUUCUGGUUCUGUGGGGUCCUCAGGAUCCUCUCAGCCCGUCUCAGGCGGUUCUCCUGUUCCAGCGCUGCCGUGUUCUGUUAGCCUGUCUGCAGCACAGCGCCUGUCUGAGCAAGUACAUCAGGACGGGGUUCAAGGAGGAGUUCAGGUACUAUGUGAAGACGUCAGGGCUGGAGGACAGACUGCCCCAUCACUACCCCAUCAGUCAGCCUGCCCAGAACCUUCUUUCCCAGCUCCUCAGUCUGGUUCUCCAGAAACCUUGAGCUCUGGCUCUUUCUCCUUCUGUUCCUCUGGGAUUCAUUUCUUGUUUUAUUUCUGCAGAUAGACGUGGGAAUAUGCGUUUGAAUGAACAUGCUGCACUUUAAGAUUGAGUCUUGUAUUGUGUCUUACUAUGUUUUGAACAGAGACUGGGAUUUUACUCUGCCUUUGUCUACACUCAGGAUUAUUAUUAUCACUGUAAUAUGUGUAAAAUAUCGGCAAUUUGAUGGAAAGUCAGUGCAGAGAACAUUUAAUAUAUUCAAAUAUUUAUAAAAUAAUGAACAUAAUGUGCACUUUUCAAUGAACAAUUUCAAGUUUGGCAGGCCACUCUAACAUAUCACAGUAUUAUAAUAUGAAUCUUUUUCAUAUUUGUUUUGCUGUACUGUAACUAAAGCCUGAUGCACUUGUUUAUUUUGGUUGGUUUUUGUUUGAAUGCACUUUUUCUCUGUAAGACUCGACUGAUUUUCAGGAACUCCAUGUACCUC